AUGGAUCACAAGUUCAUGUCUUCUCGUUACGCGAACCACAAGGCCCCCUUGGAGCCGCCAAGCCCGAGGUCGAGCUUGGAUGUCGGCGACGCCGCCGUAGAGGAGGCGAUGGAGGAGACGGUGGCCUUCCUGGCCCCGCCUGGCGACGGCAAAGAGGGAGAAGACGGCUACCCUAAGCAUCUCGACGGGUCGAAACUGUUCAGAUGCCUGUUACAGGUCGUGGCCUCGCUCCUCUGCCUUGGCGUUCUCUUUGCGGGCUACGACCUGUAUCGCGCCUCCGUCGCCGCCUCGGUCUGGUCGCCCGUGGAAAACGCUCAGGUCCGUCCAUGCGGAGACAGUCCCCUAACGGCCCGCAACCGCGGGUGCAUGUUUGACCCCAUUGCCAUGGCAUGGCUGCCCGAUGCCUGCCACGACUUUGAGCUCACCAAGGAGUUUCUGAGCGUGCAGCAGUGGCACUACUGGAAGCGUCCGGAUCCCACGUCCAAUUCCAUAUCGCUGGCAAACGUCAUGCAGGGCCAGCACUCGACGCUCUUCGUCACCGAGAGGUACCUCCGCCACCGCUGCGUGUUUGCGUGGAGGAAGCUUCAUCGGGCGGUGCUCAACUCGACCUCGGUGGAUGGCUACGCGACCGACUGGGACGGCAUGAUGGAGUGUGAGGGGCUGUUCAAGGACCGGAGGGUCGAUGACGGCGCGUUGCACGAGGUUUCUGUCGGCUACCCGGCGUGCAGGGUGGCUCUGGGCAUAGACAACGUUGAUGGCUGA